AUGCCAGCAGAGGGCAAAGAAUGCUCUGAGGACACUGGCAUCUAUAGCUUGGGUGCCAAUAGCUUGGGUGCCAAUCAGUGCUUUCACUGCCUGAUUACCUUCCCUGACGAGAAAUUCAAGGAACGGCAUAUGAAGCGAGAACAUCCGGAGGACUUCGUUCAGGCCAAUUUGCGGGAUGCCCUGUUUCUCUGUUUCAUUUGUAAAAAGGCUUUCAAGAGUUCCCGGGCACUUAUCUGUCAUCAGCGAAGCCAUGCCACGCCCUCACCCUCGGAUUACAACGACUGCUUGCACCCCAUCUUUGGCUGUCCGGACUGUGGCCGCCGUUUUGACCAACUGGCCAACUAUAAGCAUCACUGCCAAGGACAGGCGGCGGGCCAUAGCUCACCUCAUCAGUGCUCCGAUUGCGGCAAAAGUUUCCGGCAGAUCUCCAGCCUGCGUCAACACCAGGCUUUCCACCGGCAGACACAGGAGUUGCUACCCUCCUGGCCCUAUUCCUGCAUGGACUGUGGGGAGAGUUUUAGCUACGAGGCAGGCUUGCACGAGCACUAUAUCCGCCAUGCUCGCGGGGAGCUCUAGCACUGGCACUAACC